AAAAAAAAUUCAUUAAAAUAUAUAUAUAUAAUAUAUUUUUUAUAUAUAUAUUUAUAUUUAUAAAUUUACAAUGAUGCUUUACAAACUCGUCGUUCUUGGUGAUGGUGGUGUUGGCAAGACAGCAUUAACAAUUCAAUUGUGCUUGAAUCACUUUGUUGAGACCUACGAUCCUACAAUUGAAGAUUCUUACCGUAAGCAAGUCGUUAUUGAUGACCAACCAUGUGUAUUGGAAGUACUUGAUACUGCUGGCCAAGAGGAAUACACUGCAUUGAGAGACCAAUGGAUUAGAGAUGGCGAAGGUUUCUUGCUGGUCUACUCCAUUACCUCUUACUCUACCUUUGAACGAGUCGAACGCUUCAGAGACCAGAUCUUCCGCGUCAAGGAUAUUGACAAUGUACCAUUAAUGUUGGUCGGUAACAAGUGUGAUAAGGUGACCGAGAGAGAAGUAACACGCGAGGAAGGUUGUGCUAUGGCCAAACGGUUAGCAUGCGAUUUUAUCGAAACAUCUGCCAAGACGUGUGUAAAUGUCGAACGGUCAUUCUACCAGGUAGUCAAGACCAUCCGCGCCCAGAGAGACGGUGUCCGUGUUGGUCCAAAGAGCAAGGCUAAAAAGGAAAAGAAGAGAUGCUUUAUCUUAUAAAGAAAUCAAAAAAAAAAGAAAAAGAAGAGAAGAAAGAAAGAAAAAAGAAAAAAAAAGGAAAUGAUAAUCUCUUGAUUUAAUUCUUUAUUUCUUUUGUGUCCUUGUCCUUAUCCUUGUUCUUGAUUAGUCUUCUUCUUCUUAUAUUUUUUGUGUGUGUGUGUGUGUCUUUCUUUUGUCUAAUCAUCAUCCUCAUCUCCUUACUCUUAGUCUUAGUCUUAUUCUUUUAUUCUUCUUCUUCUUCUUCUUCUUCUUCUUCUGCUGCUGCUGCUUUUAUUUAUUUUUCUAUUAUUCCUAUUAUAUUAUUCUUAUUAUCUACCUUGUCUCUCUAUCUAUCUAUCUAUCUCUUUAUUUCUACCUCUCUCUCUCUCUCUAUUUACCUCUCGAUUGUAUAUGUGUAUAUUCUUUUAUAUAUAUAUAUAUAUAUUUAUCAAAUUAUUAAAUUACAUUCUACCUUU